GCCACCAGGUUUGAGAAUAGGGUGGGAUUCCUGGAUCUAGUGGCCGGUGAAUCACUGAUCAAAGAGCAGAUUUAGGAGAGAUUCUUCAUCGAUCUAGUGGCCGGUGAAUCACUGAUCAAAGAGCGAGCAGCCGCCAGGUUUAAUGAUUUGGUGGGAUCUACAGAUGUAGUGGCUGGUGAACCGCUUCUUCUUCUUCCACGAAGAUUCAGACAAAACCGAGCUUGGAUGGAACUGAACAAGAUUGAGCGAACGAAGGCAAAGAUCAAAGGCUUUAUUAUUGAGAAAGUAAAAGGAGGUUAUUCAGUAGCCAUCGCAGGUUUCAUUACUUUUCUUCCAUUCCGCCGCAGAAGGAAAAGGAUAUUGAAUAAUCAAUUCACCGUUGAAAACAUUAACCCCAAAAAGAAGAAUAUUCUGGUCUUCUAACAAAAAAAGAAGAAUAUUCUGGUCUUUGAAGGAAUGAAAAAAAGGAGAGACUGGUAGAGCUCCUCUUUGUCAACGGCAGCAUUAUCCCUUCUAUCUAUCAACCAUUUCAUUAUGGAACUUUCUCCCCACAACAAUCAUUUUGAAAAUAAUGUGCAAUUCAUAGCCCUCGAUGAUCGUGCAAAUGUUAUUGAAAAUUUCUGUGAUCAAGUAUCUAGAAACAUGGAUGCAACUGGUCUUCAGUUGCCACCAGCAUGGACGUCGGUAAGAGAGUUUGCCGAGCAUGUCUGGCAUGUUAAUGAUGAAGAACUUGUGACUAUUCGUUAUGUCAUCCAUCUCACAAAUGAACUGGCCCGUGAGGACUUUCAAAGUAGGUGUGUAUGGCAGGAAUUUGUUGAUGAGUUGGAAUUGAUUGUCCACAGUCCCACCUGAACAAUUUGAGAUUGUGCCAUUGAUGGAUUUUCCUAUUGGAAACUUCUAUUUUUCAUUCACAAAUCCAUCUUUUUUUAUGCUACUAACUCUCAGUUUGGUCCUACUUUUCUUUUAUUUUGUUACUAAAAAAAUGAAAAAGAAUAAAGAAAAUGGCAUGGGUUUGGGAGCCAAGCCGAAGCCUCCACCGCAGCUUCAACUGCAAAAAAAAUAAUUCGAAAGACCCCGAUCCUUAUUUUCGUUUUUUCUUUACUCUUUCUCAUUAUCACAGUAGUUUUGAUAAGAAGAAGAAGAAAAAAAAGUCUGAUUCUAUUUUACAUUAUGUGUUUCCUCGUUUCCCUUUUUAGUUGCCUUUUGAGAUUCUUCAUUAUGGACUUUUUUUGGCUUUUCUAGCACUCCCCACAGCCUUUAUCUUAUUUGUAUUGUCGAAUGAAAGUGAUAAUUCGACUAGAGAAUCAGGAAGUCUUCCCCGCCUGGAAUUUGAAUCGAGUUCGGAGUCACUCUAAACUUUUAGAAACGUUAUUGCCGCGGAGAAUGAGGCGGAAAUAUAUCGGCGUAUAAGACUCUUGGAGAAUGGUACGUACUAUAAUCUACCGCCUCAGAACACUCCGGGAGACUAUGCUGCCCUUGUUCGCGAAAAUGCGCCACAUUUAUCUAUCUUUAUCGCCGAAUUGAAAUUUUCUUUCUUUGAUCAAGAGUAUUUCGAACUUCAAGUAUUAGAGAGAAAGGGCCUUGUCCAAGACAAACUCCUUAACUUAAUGCUUGAAGAAGAGAAUCUUUCCUCUAUUAUUAUAUUAAUGAAUCCCCUUACUCAAACAUAAGAAAGGAGGCUUAUCACUUUCUUGAAGACAAGCUUCAGCCUGUUGGCGAUCCACGCCAUGCUUUUGAGCGAAAUCUUCUUGAGGGGAGUCUUCGCUUUUUUUUACAGGAUUUGGAUCAACGGGGUAAAGAUUCCAGUGUUUACCAAGAUUUUUUGAAUUAUUUUCUCAAUUCUGAUUGAUUGCCUUUUUUGAUCCCAUGCUUUCCGUCGGUCAACAAUCAACUAAAUCUAUACCUCCUCACUACUCGUAGAGGCUUGACGGAGUGAAGCUGUAUUGAGGGAAUCUUUUUGUCUCAAUCAAUCAAGAAUGCCUCAACUGGAUAAAUUCACUUAUUUCACACAAUUCUUCUGGUCAUGCCUUUUCCUCUUUACUUUCUAUAUUCCUAUAUGCAAUGAUGGAGAUGGAGUACUUGGGAUCAGCAGAAUUCUAAAACUAUGGAACCAACUGGUUUCACACCGGGAGAACAAGAUCCGGAGCAACAACCCCAACAGUUUGGAAGAUAUCUUGAGAAAAGGUUUUAGCACCGGUGUAUCCUAUAUGUACUCAAGUUUAUUCGAAGUAUCCCAAUGGUGUAACGCCGUCGACUUCUUGGGAAAAAGGAGGAAGAUGACUUUAAUCUCUUGUUUCGGAGAAAUAAGUGGCUCACGAGGAAUGGAAAGAAACAUAUUCUAUUUGAUCUCUAAGUCUGUACAUAGCAAUCCUGGGUGGGUCAUCACUUGUAGGAAUGACAUAAUGCUAAUCCAUGUUCCACACGGCCAAGGAAGCAUCGGUUUUUAAUCUCAUUAUGACUUGGUUGUUCGGAAGAGCAAUUAAUUCGAUCAGAAUAGUGGAAUGGAAGGAAGUAAAAGAAUGAAAUACUCCUUUCUUUUCCAAUCGCCCCGCAAAGACAGACGCUCGGAAAGGUUCUCGAGAUUCUCAAUCGCUCUUUUUAGUGGGGAGGAAUAGUGCGGGAAGGGGGCGAGACCAAGCCGAGACACUAGUAGAGUAAGACCUUCCCACGUGUCAAGUUGAAUAUAAAUAAAUGAAUGCAGCCUCAACCAGAGAGAUCAACCUGCGCCUUUGAGUUGAGGCCGCUGGCGGCGCAGAACGAACUAAUCCGCGACCAGCAAGUUUUCCGAAAGCGAACUGAAUGGAAUUAUUACUUUCCAAAAAUCUUGCUUCAAAGAAAUAAGGUCUAUUUUCCCACGUAGUUCGUCGGUCAAACCAAUGAUUCUCUUCUCAAAGUAAUAGA